GCCCUUUUUUCCAGAUACCCUUCAUUAGACAUGCCCUCUUUCACCCUCGUGCCCAUUCUGUCUUUACUUAGUUUCCUCGCGUCUAUCAGCGGCGCUUAUGCAGGAAUUCAACACCAUCCUGCCAGCGCGCUCGGCCUUCGCAACCAUCGCAACGCCCUGCGCGCCGUGAAUGCAACGCGCGCCAGUGAGAAUGCACCGUCAGAGUUGCAGAAGAGAGGAGCGGGCGAGUUCACUGUCUUUACACCUGGCGAUAGCGCUUGUGGUGGAUUUUAUACCGCCUCGGACUUCAUCGUUGCUUUAAAUAUCCAUGAUUGGGACAAUGGCGCGCAUUGUUACAAGAUGAUUACCAUCACCGUGAACGGCAAAAGUACACAAGCCCAAAUUGUCGAUGAGUGUCUAGGUUGUCCCCCUGGCGGCCUUGACUUCAGCCCUGCCAUUUUCAGGUUCUAUGACCACGUCAUCGAUGGCAUUAUAGAAGGCUCAUGGUCUUACAACGAUGGCGACGGGAACGACGGCAGUGCUUCGACGUCAAAGAUACCCCCUAGCUCAUCAAAAACAUCUCUGGCGCCGACCAUUUCAGCCAAGUCCUCGACUUUACCUUCGCUCACUCCGACAUCUACUUCUUCCUCGUCUUCCUCGUCCCCCUCGUCCUCACCGAUCGCCUCACAGCAGCACGCCUCGAGCUCCUCGCACGUGCAGUCGUCUUCCAAACACACGGUGCUCAGUAGCACAUCCAUUGCUUUAUCCGCCAGGCCAACAAGCGCCCCGGCGAUGACGUCUUCGACUGCACCUGCUCAGCAGACGCUCUCGCCAGACGAUUCUCAGUUUUUGAAUGUCGUUAAUAUUGCUAUAUUGCGCAUGGGGAGUAUGAUCGAGGCUGGUAUCGCCUUGUGAUCUGCUCCGUUGCUAAAAUGUCAAGACUCAGCCCUCAUCUUGACUUGCACAGACUCUGUCAUCGUUUCGUAUAUCAUUGUUGUCCCACUUGUGUAUAUUCCACCUUCUCGUUACUGGUGUUGGGAUACUGUCGUUACUGUUAUUGCCGCUGAAUUGCAAUGUUUGUUUUCCAUGGUUCUGGAAUGCU